AAAUAGCUUCUUCCCUUCUUUAGUCUCCACAGUAGCAAGAAAAGAAAAAGACUUCCCUUUUAACAUACAAAAGAAACUUAACAAAAGCUGGAUUCAGAAUUUUUCCCUUUGGAUUGCAUCACUUUGAUUUAUCCUGCCUCUGCAAGCUCCAGCUCUCGUAAUCUGUGAUUUCCAUCUUCAAUUUUUUUAAACUCACAACUCAACUGGGUUUCCUUCUUUGUCUCUAUCUAUUCGUCUAUUUGUUCUGCUGCUUUUGGCUUUGCUAUAAGGGGAUUUUGUGGGGUAGAGAGAUCUUACGUGGCUGUUGGCUGGAUUCGAUCUUUUCUUGUUUCAUUUGCUUUGUUUGUUGUGGAAUGAGAUAGCUAAUGUUUGUUCUAUGUUAGAGAAUAGCAGCUGAUGAAGUUCUGGUUAUUCAUUACUGAAAAUUACCCAAUCAAAAUCUUGAGUGCUGCUCUGAGUGAGAAUUAGCCGUCAUGUUUUGCCUGCUUUUGGGAUCAACAUAUGCAACGUGUCAACUUUGCUGAGUGAUAUCGUACUUGGAAGCUGUUUGUUUGUUUGUAUUUUUUCUUUUUUUUUGGAUUGAGUUUUUGUUGCUUUGCGGGCUGAGGAAGUGGCUUAUGAACACAAGCAAAUAUUAGCUUUUCUAUUUUCCCCUUUUGACUCCCCAACUUUGUAGUGUUCGAUUUCUAGGGAGGCUGGGGAGGGGGGAUAGAGAAAGAAAAGUAAAGCAAAGCAAAAAUCCAUCUGGAUACUGUGGAGAUCUGGGACUUGUUUCAUCUGUUAUGCCCCAUGAGGACUUUCUUUCCCUCUGAAUCAUGUAAAGAGUCACAAGAAAAUGCUUUGAAUCCACAGUCAUGGCUUCAGGUUGAAAGAGGGAAACUAUCAAAACUGUCUCCAUGCUCUUCUUCCUCCAUAGAAUCACUUAUCAAGGUCCCUGAACCUCCAGUUCUACCAUUCUUUAGACCAGUUGAUUAUGUAGAAGUUUUAGCUCAAAUUCAUGAAGAACUUGAAUCAUGUGCUGCCCAAGAGAGGGCAAAUCUCUAUUUAUUGCAAUUUCAGGUCUUUAGGGGCCUUGGGGAAGUCAAAUUGAUGGGGAGAAGCCUCCGCUCCGCAUGGCAGAAAUCUAGCACUGUGCAUGAGAAGCUUGUAUUUAGGGCAUGGUUAAAGUAUGAGAAGAAAGGAGAGGAGCUUCUUUCUGACUUGCUUGCCACUUGUGGUAAAUGUGAAGAAGAGAUUGGACCAAUAGAUGUUGUCUCCCAACUUCAUGCUGAUUCAAGUUUGAAGUUUAAUGAGCAUGCUUUAAUGAAUGCCGACUGCAAUUUAAAAAAUGUCAUCUUUAAAAUUGGGGAUGAGAAGAUAUUUUGUGAUAGGAAGAAAAUUUCAGGCCUUUCUGCUCCAUUCCAAGCUAUGCUUAAUGGCUGUUUCUCAGAAUCUCUCUGUGAAAAUAUAGAUUUUUCUGAAAACAACAUAUCCCCUUUGGGUUUUAAGGCAAUAAGUGAAUUCAGUGUGACAGGCAGUUUGAUCGAAGUCUCCCCAAAUGUUUUGUUAGAAAUAUUGCUCUUUGCAAAUAAGUUCUGUUGCGAAAGGCUAAAAGAUGAAUGCGAUAGGAAACUUGCUUCUCUGGUUUCCUCCUUAGAAGACGCUGUAGAACUCAUGGAAUUUGCUCUUGAAGAAAAAUCUCCCAUCCUUGCCGCAUCAUGUUUGCAAGUUUUCUUACAAGAGCUUCCUGCUUGUCUGAAUGAUGAUCGGGUGGUGGAAAUAUUUAGUCAUGCUGAUAAACAGAAAAGGAUGAUUAUGGUUGGGGCUGCCUCAUUUUCACUGUACUGUUUAUUAAGUGAAGUUUCCAUGAAUCUUGAUCCUCAGUCCAAUAAAACAGCUUGUUUACUAGAACGGUUGGUGGAAUCAGCUGAAACUAACCGGCAGAAAAUGUUGGCUUUUCAUCAGUUGGGAUGUGUGAGGCUUUUGAGGAAAGAGUAUGAUGAAGCCGAACAUCUUUUUGAAGCAGCUUUGGGUGCUGGUCAUAUAUAUUCUGUAUCAGGUUUGGCUAGACUGGGUUACAUUAGGGGUCAUAGACUUUGGGCUUAUGACAAGCUCAGCUCUGUGGUUUCCUCUAUUAACCCACUGGGAUGGAUGUAUCAGGAGAGGUCCUUGUACUGUGAAGGCAAUAAGAAAUAUGAGGACCUUGAUAAAGCAACUGAGUUGGACCCAACACUCACAUAUCCCUACAUGUAUCGAGCAGCUUCUUUGAUGAGGAGAGAAAAUGUUAAAGCUGCACUUGCAGAAAUUAACAGGAUUCUUGGGUUUAAACUUGCACUGGAAUGCUUGGAACUCAGGUUUUGUUUCUAUCUAGGUCUUGAGGAUUAUGGAGCAGCCCUAUCUGAUGUUCAGGCAAUUCUUACUCUCUCCCCAGAUUAUAGAAUGUUUGAGGGGCGGGUGGCAGCAUACCAACUUCGAACCCUUGUGCGAGAGCAUGUUGGCAAUUGGACAACAGCAGAUUGCUGGAUGCAAUUGUAUGAGAGGUGGUCUUCAGUUGAUGAUAUAGGGUCUCUCUCUGUCAUAUACCAAAUGCUUGAAUCUGAUGCACCAAAAGGUGUUCUAUACUUCAGACAGUCUCUGCUUCUUCUUAGGUUGAACUGUCCUGAGGCAACCAUGCAAAGCUUACAAUUAGCCCGUCUACAUGCAUCAACUGAACAUGAACGUCUAGUUUAUGAAGGAUGGAUCUUGUAUGACACUGGUCAUUGUGAGGAAGGGCUUCUAAAAGCUGAGGAGUCUAUCAAAAUUAAUAGGUCCUUCGAGGCCUUCUUCCUUAAAGCCUAUGCACUGGCUGACUCCAGCCAGGAUCCAUCUUGUUCUGUAACUGUUGUGUCACUCCUUGAUGAUGCUUUGAAGUGCCCUUCAGACAGACUGCGGAAAGGCCAGGCACUUAACAAUCUUGGAAGUGUAUAUGUGGACCGGGGGAAAUUAGAUUUGGCAGCUGAUUGCUACAUAAAUGCCCUUAAGAUCAGGCACACUAGAGCUCACCAGGGUCUUGCACGAGUCCAUUUUCUCAGAAAUGACAAGGCUGCUGCAUACGAAGAAAUGACAAAACUGAUUGAGAAAGCCCAGAAUAAUGCAUCUGCUUAUGAAAAGAGGUCUGAGUACUGUGAUCGUGAACUUGCAAAAGCAGAUCUUGAGAUUGUCACAAAAUUAGAUCCACUUCGAGUGUAUCCUUACAAAUAUCGAGCUGCAGUGUUAAUGGACAAUCAAAAGGAGAAGGAAGCCAUAGUGGAACUAUCAAGGGCAAUUGCAUUCAAAGCAAACUUUCACCUUCUACACUUGAGGGCUGCAUUUUAUGAGCACAUUGGUGAUGUCAUGGGCGCCCUACGCGACUGUCGAGCUGCUCUCUCCGUCGACCCAACGCACCAAGAAAUGUUGGAAUUUCACAGCCGUGUAAGCAGCCAUGAACCCUGAAUCUAUACGGGCAACUGCAAAUAUAUGCUUCUUAUCAUCACCCUGUAUACUAUUCUUUCCCGACCCUCAAUUUUUUUUUUUUUUUCAAUUUAUGCUUUUUCCAGUUUUGUAAUAUUUAAUUAAUUAAUGUGAAAGCAUCCAUGUUCGUCCCAUUUUAUAGCUAAUUGUUCGACCUAAUAGUAGGAGGAUGUCUUGGUACCUGCAAACAUAUAAUUCUGGUAGGAUCAGAAACUCAUUUGCUUACAAAGAAAAUAAUUCUCUCUUCUUC